AUGAAAUUUGCAACACAUAGGGAUAAUGAGAGUGGUGAAUUAAGUGUAGAGAGUGAUAAGCUUUCUCAGUAUGUUGUUCGGUCUGGUUCACUAGACAGACACUUAAGUGACGAUAAAGGAAAGCCGAAAGCGAAAUGGUAUCAUUGGUUUGAACCCGGUACAAGCAAAGAGGAAAAAAGAUUUAUAACUAAAGUUGACUUUUUUCUCAUGACUUAUAUGAUUAUAUCAUGGUUUCUUAAAUAUUUGGACCAGACAAAUGUCUCAAACGCAUAUGUGUCUGGCAUGAAGGAAGAUUUACAGUUGAAUAAAAAUCAACUUUCGUGGUUUAACACUUAUUAUAACAUUGGCGUGAUAAUCGGCUCUAUCCCGGCCACAGUUUUGGCUGGAUAUUUUAGACCAAGGUAUUUCUUGCCUAUAAUGGACACAUGCUGGUCCUUGUGUGUUCUUUUUGUUUAUAAAGCACAGAAUGCAUCUACAAUAUAUGCUCUGAGAUUUCUAAUUGGUUUGUUUGAAUCCGUGGCCUUCCCAUCUAACCAUUUCAUUAUUGGCUGCUGGUAUAAAAAAAGGGAAAUUAUGAGAAGAUCUAAUUUCUUUGUUUUAGCCGGUAUUGUGGGACAAGCCACUUCAUCUUAUAUUCAAUCUGGGUUAAUUACUUCGAUGUCUGGAAAAGGAGGAAUUGCCGCAUGGAGAUGGUUAUUUAUAAUUGAUGCCAUCAUUGGUAUUCCUGUCGUGCUUUUUGGAUUUUUUUUCCUCCCUGACUUUCCUUACAACACAAAAGCAUUUUGGUUAACAAAGAAAGAAAAAGAGUUAGCUAAACGAAGAUUGAUCGAGGAUGGAAGGGUCAGCCACCGGUUAAACUUUAAUAUUCAUCAUAUUAUUCCGGUUCUAAAGUCAUGGCAAUUCUGGUCUUUUCCGAUUGGCUAUUCGUUCUGGACUCUCACUGCCGGUAGUUAUAUGCUUCAAUUUUUUGAACUUUAUUUGAAGUAUUUGAAAAUAUAUCCUACAGAGUACAUCAAUAACUUUCCGACGAUUAUUUCUGCCGUUAAUUUUGUUACCAUGCUUUCCACGGGCAUAAUUUGUGAUUUACUUGGUCAUAGAAAUAUUGUUUGCUUUUGUGUCGGACUUGUUGUUAUGAUUGGCCUCAUUAUUACUGCCAAGGCACCUUUGGAUAGCAUUGCUCUUAGAAAAACUGGUUAUAUCCUUACGGGUGUUUAUGGUUGUUAUACUCCUAUACUUUCUGGAUGGUGUAAUAUUGUCUGCUCAAAAAAUCCUAUUUUGAGGGCCAUUACAAUACCUACUAUGACUGUUGUCGGUAUGAUUGUCAGCACACCAUUUCAACAGAAGCUUUUCCCUUCCAGUGAAGCUCCUGCUUAUAAGUCAACGCAUGGUUUCUAUUAUGCUAUUGCUUUUACCGUUUGUUUAGUUCUAUGGACUGGUGUUGUUAUCCCCCUUCUUGAAAGACUAAAUAGAAAGAAAGACCAGAUCCAAUGGGAUUGCAGAGAUCACCCUAUAGAAAAACAGGAUAGUAUCCAGGAUGAUGCUAUAAAUGAUGUUGCUAGUGAGCAUGUUAAAGAUAACUCACCAAAAUAA